AUGUCCAACAAACGCAUCCGCGGCAUCGCCAUCCACCGGCCCAUUCUAAUUGGCUCCACCUCGACCCCGCUCACCCCUGCCGAGAAGCUCACCGCCCCGCCAGACCACACCCACAAGUGGACCGUCGCUGUCCGCAGCGCCGCCUCCCAUCCUCUACCCUCGCUCUCCACCAUCUCCGGUCUCAACGCUUCGUCUGGGCUCAAACAAGGGGAUGAGGUCUCCACGAUGAAUGCUGCUGCUGCAGCGGCAGCGGCGGCAGCGGGAACCGUACUCGGCUCGUCCCAAGCCUCGCCAGGCGCGGGCACUACGCCUGCACCUGCAUCCUUGACUGCCGGGAUAGCAACACGAGGCAAAGAGCUCGAAGUCGACUACCAUCGCCUCGUCGGAGGCAAGGACGACAUCUCGCACUUCGUUCGUCGGGUGCAGUUCAAGCUCCACGACACUUACACUCAGCCUACGCGGAACAUCGACAAGCCGCCCUUCAGUGUGACAGAGACCGGGUGGGGAGAGUUCGAGAUCCAGGUCAAGAUCUUCUUCGUCCCCGACGCCAACGAGAAGCCGGUCACCGUCUUUCACCAUCUCAAGCUGCACCCUUGGCUCAACAUGCUGGCGCCUUCGACUCAAUCCGACGGUGUCGCAGGCAGCGCUGGCCAGGCGGUACAAUCGGGCAGCGGUGCCGCCGCAACUGCAGCCAACGCCGGCACUACCUCCGCGCCUGACACUGGCAACGGGCAAGUAGAUGCCGCCGCAUCCGCCGAUGUGGGGAUGGUCGAUGCGAACGGGCCCUCGAAUGCAGGUGAAGGAGCUCCGUCAUCCUCAGGUCACGGCUCUCAGCCGGCUGCGACUGCCAUCGCCGCAUCUGCCCCGUCAGCCACCAACGUCCCCACGGCCGCUCCACCUGCCUUGCCGCCUGUGGUGCACUCUUGGCAGUAUGACGAGAUCGUCUUUCCAGAGCCCACGGAAGCGUUCUAUGAGGUCUUGAUCGCCAACCCCCCUACGCCGCUGCCAGUGACCUCUGCUCAGGCGUUCUCGGACCCGUCGGCCUACCGGUCGUAUCAGUCCGCCCUCGAUGACUCGGCAUCCAAGGUUGCUGUCUCCUCCAAGCAGCCUCUGUUGCCUCCCCACCCGCUGCACGCCCCCACUGGCUACCUAUUCGACGCGUUGUCGCAAGAGGCGCAGCAGGCCGAGAGCGACCGACUGGACAUGGCCCGGAUCAGCGCGGUCAAGGAGCUGGAGCGGGGACGUGAGCGGCUGAUCAAGGCCGAGAGGGCGCUCAAGGAGGCCAGAAAUCGCCUCAACUCGCUCCCCUCUACAUCCUCAGCUGAAGGCGCGGCAGUGCCCUCUGCCACGUCGUCCUGA